GGUGACGGAACGCACAGAAUCUGUACGGAGACAGAGGACCAUUUUCUCGCCAGGUUUAGGUUUCCAACCGAAGUCCGCUUUGUGAUUGGACAAUACGAGCAGUGGGCUGGAUUUUAGAGCUGCUUGAUUCUGCGUUCUGCCUGCUGCGGAGACAAUAGUGCAAUGCAAGCCUGAAUUUCAGUAGCCGGCUGUCUGAGCAAGGUGAAAUUGCACUAUACAGAGUCAACAGCCGAAUCUGAAAAUUGAGUGCACAACCCCCCAGAACAUUGAAUUAUUGCACAACGUUCAUCUUGUUUACCUGGAUGGAAUGCAGACAACAGAAACCAAGCUUGCAUAACAUAAGGUGGAAGAAAACUGAGAAGAGAACCCUGCUUUCCGAACAUCCUUUCCUCUGAGAAGCACAAUGAGUUUGUCACCGCUUGUGUCUCGAGCUCCGAUAGACAUUCUCGAGGAGCUGCAGCUCAUUGCAGCCCAGAACCUGGAGAAACUAGAAGUUUCCAAGUACUACGAAGUCAUGAGGGAGCUGGGAAAGGGAACAUAUGGCAAGGUGGACCUGGUCAUCCAUAAAAUUAGAGGCACAAAAAUGGCACUGAAAUUCCUGAGGAAGAAAACGACAAAGCUCAAGAGUUUUCUUCGAGAGUAUAGCAUCUCCCUCUACCUGUCUCCCUGCCCCUUCAUCAUCAACAUGUUCGGGAUUGCCUUUGAGACAGACGAGUACUACGUCUUUGCCCAGGAGUAUGCACUAGCAGGGGACCUGUUUGACAUUAUUCCACCUCAGGUGGGUCUUCCAGAAACAGUUGCAAAGCGUUGUGUCCACCAAAUUGCCAUUGCCCUAGACUAUCUCCAUUGUAAGAAACUGGUCCACCGGGACAUUAAACCGGAAAACAUUCUUAUUUUUGACAAAGAAUGCAGGAAAGUCAAACUAUCCGAUUUCGGAAUGACCCGUAGGGCAGGCUCGCCUGUGAAAAGAGUCAGUGGAACUAUCCCAUACACUGCCCCAGAGCUCUGCGACGCAGCCAAGCAUGAUGGCUUCUGCGUGGAUUACAGCACUGAUGUCUGGGCUUUCGGGGUGCUCCUGUUCUGCAUGCUAACUGGAAACUUUCCCUGGGAGAAGGCCCUUCCCUCAGACACUUUUUACGAGGAGUUUGUCAGGUGGCAGAGGCGCCGAGCGGGCACGGUGCCAUCGCAGUGGCGCAGGUUCACGGACGAGGCGCUGCGCAUGUUCCGCAAGCUGCUGUCCAUCGAAGCAGAGAGGCGCUGUGCGGUCAAGGAGGUCUUUAGCUACUUCAGCCAUUGCUGGAUGUUGGACAGUGAAAACAGCAACCAUCUUACUGACAUCAGCUCCUUGUUGUCCGAAGAAGAUUUAGUAGACCGCAUGAAGCAGCAGACCUUGUCCCCCAUGUGUGGGAUUGGAAAAGGCAACAUCAUAAUGGAGAGCUCCCCAAACUUUUCCUCCAUGUCAACAGCGAGCUCCCUUUCCUCCACAAGCAGCUACGAGAGGGUGUCUAGAGAGAACACCAAUAGCCGGAUCUUGGUGGCGACCCCAAUUGAAAUCUGCGUUUAGGGUUCAAAACUGGGCAGCCUUAAAUGUUCAAGAGGCUUCCUCCUGAGAAUCUCCUUUUGAAGGUUGUUUGGUAUUUUUAGCGUCCACAUCGCCAAAGUAGUACUAGCUACCCAUAGAACUAGAAAUGAUAGAAAUGGGCUGCAUCUGAUAGUUAUUCUAUUAAGAGCUUUGAUGACGAUACAGACCCAUGUAUCACAACUUCCUCAGUUCAAAUGUGUACCUCGUUCUGGGGAAACAUUUAAUAAAAUCUGUGUUAGAUUCCAUCCGUGUCAUCGUAUCUGGUUUGACAUUGUUUAAAAAAACCUAAAAGAAGCAGGUUUAGUCGUAUUAGUAACUUGUAUUAAUACAGUCGACCAAAACAUAUCUUAAAGCAAUACAUUAAAUGUUUUCCUGCAAAAAAAAUAAGAAGAUAAAAGCAGUUUGUGGCAAGGACGUCAACCGUUCCAUCUUGCGGUUCUCUGUUAUGGAGUAAGCAUGAAAAAUGUGCACAGUAGAAAGAAAAAAAAUUAGCAAAAAUGUCAUUUUGACUGGUGUACGGUUUAUUUUUAGUUUAGCUGUUUUCAAAUGCAGCACUAAGCAGAUUAUAUUGUAAAUAUUGUAGAAUGGGAAAGUGAACUUUGGUUUUGUUGAUUACUAUAAAUGCAAUGUGAAAUAUUUAAGUAUGUAUGGACAUGUUUGCCUUUGAUUUGUUUGUUAUUUAUUUAUUUCAAUCCUGAAUCCUUAGAGAUAUAUAUUUUUGCUAUUUAUUUUGGAAAGCAUUGUUAGUGCUAGUUGUUUUUUUUGAAACUUGCUUAUAUGCUGCUGCCAAACAGUAUGACUAUGUAUAACUAACUAUGAUGUCAAAUGAGCUUUGUUCCCAUCCCAUUGUAAGUGCUCAAAAGAGUUACUUUUGUCUUUCAACUAAAAGAUAGAGAAAAGUACCACACAUUCAAACAGAAUGCGAGGUAAAAUAUUCAUACAUUUAUUAUACAUAUUAUCGAUCAGUUAAAGGAGUGAACAAUUUGUAAUAAUUUGUUUUACCUCUUGUUUAUAUUACCAACAAUAUCUUUGGUCAUUUUCUGCUGAAAUCCUUUCAUUAUUGUUUAUUAUUUAUUUAUUUGGUGGGCGCCUUUAUCCAAGGCGACUUGCAGGUGUUACAGGGCUUCUGUUCAUUGUGUGUUGAUUUAUUUAAAUUAGGGCUUUGCAGAUUCAAAUUCAGAUAUUUCAACUAUAUACAGCUGCUUCAUCUUGCUGUGCAGUUGUAAAAGAAAGCAUAAAUUAAACCAAACAAAAAAAAUAUAUAACACAACGAUCUUCAGAACAACAUUGACAGGACCAGUCAUAAAGAUGCUAGUAAGAUCAUUUAUUUAAAAGCCUUGGUUAUCACUCCUUUAAGCAAUAAGACCCUGUGAUUUCAGUCUAGAAACUUUUAACUUAGGCAGUUGAGCAUCUUAAAGCAAUGCCAUGGAAAACUACUCCUGUACCAUUGUUCUGUUUACAUGUAUAUUUUGCAGGCAUCAGCGGGACUAGAAAAGUGUGACAAAUCCAUCUCUUGGGUAAACCCAGAACGGGUAUUCUGUGUUACGGCUUGUGUGUAAUUAGCCUCUCUUUAUUUCCAGGCUGAAUUAUUACGAAGAAAGAUAAUUUUUUAGCUUUCUACGUACAUUUUAAAUAUUAAAAUGGUUUAACCUAACCCAAAUGAAAUUGAAAAACAGGAAGUGACCCCAACCCUGCUUCACAGCUCUGUUGGUUCCCUUCAUUGUAGAGCAGGCGUACAGUUUGGAUUAUUCUGAAAUCAGGAAACACAGAUCAUUCGCCAGCUUCAAAGUCAUGUAGAGAGAUGUGUGAAGAUAAAGGAUUACAUUAGCAUUGGAAAUGCCAUAAAAAGAGAAGGCGUGAGAAGAAACACUAUUUAAAAUGCUCUUUAAAGCUAAUUACUUUUUAAGACAAUACUCAUGGAAUAUCAGAUUUUUUUUGACAUUGUACACUGGUUGCAUCAGAAUUUCUUUGGUAAACUUUUGAAUCCAAAUGGGUAGAACUGCAGUUUCCAUUUUAAUUGGUUUACUAGUUCGUGGUAAUGGUACACCCUUUAUUCUGUGAUUAAUACUCUUUUUUUAAAUUGAACUUUUAUUAUUGUAAAUGAUAAUUUUAAAUGUUUAGUUAGAAAUGAUUUUGAUGUCAGGAAGUCCGGUAAAGAAAUCUUAACUGGCACGUAAAAAAACAAAAAAAAACAACAUAUCUUUAAAUUAUUGAAUUAUAAAAUGUGUAUUUAUACUGUACAAGAUAUGUGAAGUAGACAAUAUUAUGCCGUAGCACAAGUUCUUGCAUACAUUUUUUUGUGAUAGUGAAUACUUUCUCAAAAAUAAAAAAAAAACAAAUAGGGCUAAAAAUGUUGGUUUAAUUUCAUGUGCUGUAUUUGUAUAUAAUGUUGUAUUUGUAUUAUACGUUCAACCAAAUGAUGGGAUGGAAAUAUAGAAAAUAGCUGCUGUUGAUUGAUAGUGAUGUUUAAUUAAUUACAUUUCAUAAAAUAUACAGUUAGUUUUCCCACUGCUGUGAGAAGGUACGAGAUUCCUUAAAGAGAAUCUGUUUUUCUUUUUACUGAUUAAAAAUUUUACUGACAUUGAAAAUCCAAGACAAAAAUGUUAAAGGGCUUAAAGGCCUAACUAGAAGCAGAACUAAUUAUCUGCUACAAAUAUGUUUGCCUCAUGAAAAAAAAAAAAAAAAAGUUGGAUGUGUGUUGUGUUUUCUAGGCACAUUGCAUGAAUUUAAAAUAUUGUGGAAAUAGAUAGUGAAAAAUCUCUUUCUGUGUCUAGUUGCGUUAUCCCUUCUGCUUCCUUCAAAUGGGGUUUAACCCUUUCCCAAGAUAAGCAUUUCCACAGAGACCACGUGAAAACCUGUUUGGAAUAUUUAUUUCCAGUUUGAAUGAAAGACCUGUGUUUGCUGCAUUUCCCACAAUCAUAAUUCACACCACACUACCGACCUAAACUGGAACAGCAAAAGGGAUACUGCACCUAAUUUGUUCAACUUGAUCUCAAUGUUUUAAAAGUAUUUUGACAACUGAAACUGCUGAUUAUAUUUGUUGUAGAUGAAUAGGGCUGUUCAGUUCCCUCUGUUGUUACUUAAAAAAAGGGAGUGUGGAAUAGUGGUUAGCACACUGUCAUAAUGUAAUGUGUUGCCUGUAUUGCAAUGGCAUUUCUUUGUCUUUCUGUGACGUGAUGUAUUUUAAUGCACCAAUGUUUUUAGUGGAGUUUUAGCGGGUAGAUACAUGAUGCUAGAACUAAUUCAGCCAUUGCAAUACAAUUGUCUUCCUGUAAUUCUUUCGAAUUUAAUUAAAAAGAAAUAAAUGUGAAACUA